AUGAAUCUGAUGGGAGCUAUGUAUGCUGCUGUACUUUUUCUUGGUGGGACAAACACUUCAGCUGUACAGUCUGUGGUGUCUAUAGAAAGAACGGUUUUCUACCGUGAGAAAGCAGCAGGAAUGUAUUCAGCAAUCCCUUACGCAUUUGCUCAAGUGGCUAUUGAGGUGGUUUAUGUAGGCAUACAGACGGUCAUAUACAGUCUUCUGAUUUACUCAAUGAUUGGGUUCCAGUGGUCAGCAGACAAGUUUCUAUGGUUCUACUUUUACAUAUUCAUGUGCUUUGUCUAUUUUACAUUAUACGGGAUGAUGCUUGUAGCCCUCACUCCAAAUUAUCAGAUUGCAGCCAUUACGAUGUCGUUCUUCCUUAGUUUCUGGAACUUGUUUUCUGGUUUCAUGAUCCCCAGAACGCAAAUACCGAUCUGGUGGAGGUGGUAUUACUGGGGUUCACCGGUGUCGUGGACUUUAUACGGUCUGAUCACAUCUCAGCUUGGUCAAAACGAAAGCCUCCUAGAGGUUCUAGACCAGAAUUCUGUUACAGUUAAGGAAUUCAUUAAAGAAUUUCUAGGGUUUGAGUAUGAUUUUCUCGGAUACGUUGCUUUGGCUCAUGUUGGUUGGGUCGUUCUCUUUUGCGUUGUCUUUGCCUACGGCAUCAAGUUCGGCAGUGAAGUUGAUCUGGGCAAGUUUCUUGGCAGCACAGAUGUCAUUCUAGAUGCUUAUCGAUUUCACACGACUCCUUCUGGGAUCAAAGUUCUGGCUUUCAACUGUUUACUGGAUUACGUAGACUACACGGUCCGUUUUUGGAAUGGAGAGUUCGAUCUUGUGUCGUCAGAAAACCACACAGUCUUGGACUUCAUUUCCACAAAAGUCAACCCCAAAUUCUCCAUUACAAACCUACGGUCUCUCUGCUCCUCGCCACUAAUAACCUCCCAAUCAAAACCCCACAAACCCAAAACCUUCCCCGCCUCUUUGAAGAUUGUAAUCAAGCUUAUAUCUUGA